AAGCUGUAUUUAGCUAUAGAAGCGAAGAAAACUCAACUUCACAUAAAUGUCCUCUUAAACUGUCGUGAUAAUAAUGUUACACCCAAAUUUGUCCGUUGGAAGAAUCUGAAAUCAAAAAGACAUCACCUACGCAGUGCUUAUCACCGGAAAAUCCUUAAAGAAACAACACAAGACCAACACAAAUCACGCCAGUCGCUCAAGAUAUCUCUAUCUGAACAAGUAACAUAG